AUGCCAUGGCCAAGAAGAGAAGACGACGCAGAAGACCGUGCCAAAAUCCUUGGGGAUGCAGCAGACAUGAUCUUCGAACUCAUGUGCGAUAGAGCGACAUCGGAACAGUGGGCGGAGUGGCUGAGAGCCCCUCUGGAGCAUGCAGCAGGCACGGCCAACCAAGACUUGGUGGAGAAGUUGUUGAAAGCUGGAGCAAACGGGAGCGCGGGCCGGCGGGGUUGUGAUGACAACACUCUGCUGCAUGCGGCUGCCGAGGGCGGGAACGAGGAGGAGGUGGUGACGGCUCUCAUCAAGGCUGGCGCUGAAGAAGACAUUGAGGCCAAAGUCGUGGGCAUGGUGCGGGGGACUCCACUCCACGUUGCAGUUGCAACUGGGAAGGAGGCUGCGGCACGGGCGAUGAUGCUUGCCGGGGCCGAUGUGAAUGCGGCGGACCGCAACGGCGACACUACUCUCCUUGAUCUUGUCAUCGGAUGUCGGGGUUUCGCACGUGACUGCCCUAUCCAUGCCGCCGUGUUGGUAAACUCGUGGCUUCUGGGGAAAAUAUGUUGUAUUGAUGAGACCUUGGACCAGGAGAACAGGUCAAAAGGUGGAGUGAGCUGGGUGGGUGCACAGCAUCCCAGCAGCAUCACGCUUGGGCAUUCGCCCGAUCACGCAUAUUCACCGAACACGGACCGAUGCAUGGAACGGGCCAAUGCACUUUCCUACGUAUUACACAUCCUCGGGCUAAUUCCCGACAUUCAAACUAUCCUAUCAGACUCUUUACGCUUCUGUCGAUACACAUGCCUCUAUCUCGAACACGCCGCCCGUCAAGGUCGGCAUGACGUCGUGCAUGCCUUGGCCUACAAGGGGGCGGAUCUCGACGCUCUUGAUGAUGAAGGCAUGACCCCUAUCAGUCUUGGGACGAACCUUUCGAAAACCGCUUUGCACGUUGCCGUCAAGUGCAACAAAGCAGGCGCCAUCCCAGCGUUCAUCGAAGCCGGGGCCGACAUUGAAGCUCGAACGUCACUUGGACGAUCACCACUUUGGUACGUGGCCUGGAAGGGGCCUUGCGCUGCCAUGCUCGUUCUCCUACAACUGGGUCCCGACGCGAAGAGCCACGACGAAGUUGGAUGGACUUGCUUGCACGCCGCGUCCCAAAAGGGCCAUGCCGACGCCGCGGAUCUGCUUCUGAGAUGGGGUGCAGAUGAGAUAGCAGUGGACGAAGGGGGUGUCACCACUCCCAGCGCGCUCAUGCCAGUAAUUGCUCAAGCUGACGAAAGAGACCGCCCAAGACUCGAACGUCUGACAGCGCUACUGGAGAAGGCUCCGCAGGAUAGGGCCUGGCGUUGUUUGCGGCCUAUGCCACUUAUUUAUAGGGUGAGACUGUUUUGGUGA